CGAAAUCCUACCAGCCACUGGGUCUGAAGAGAUCUGGACAGAAACGAAGGGCCCAGCAGCAAGAAAUGGAGCAAUUGGGAAGCAGUGAUCAGGUUUUGUCAGAUUCUGCUAAGGGGUUAGGUGUGGAUGAACAGAUGGAAGAGGAAAAGAGGCAAGCAGUGAUCCUGGAGGCACAAGUUGAGGUUCUCAGGGAUCAGAACAGGGAAGUGGAAGAAGACACUAUAAAUUUGCAAAAAAUAGCCCACACUCCACACGCAGACAUCAAUGCAGCGGCCAAAUUGUAUGCAAGACAAGAUCCAAGUAAGAGAAUCAUUUUGCCCUACAGAUGGAACAGCGGUAACGCCGAUUGGGAGGUGCCCAUCCAAAGGUCUUUGUCACUAAUUACAGCGAAGGACAGUCAUUGCGAGCUUGAGAUUUUGAAGGAACAUAUCACAGAAGAUCUGCCCUCGCAGGCACAUGUCAUUGGGGAUGUCAAGCAUGAUACGGAAGAAUGGGAAGAUCCGGCGGGUACAACGCACAUGAUGGACUACAGGCCAGUCAUGAUCAAGCUGCAGGAAAAGGCAGUGCUGGCUCAGGGAUUGAUCUGGAUGCCAUGGCAAGUGGUAGAGACAAUCCCAUAUGGAUUGUUGGGGGGUUCGGAGGCGGCAGAAUGGGUGGCAAGGGGAGCGGCCAUAGUGACCAAAAGUGAUGUGUUUGCAUGGCAACUGGACUACAUUGACGGAAAGAUCGAGAUCUUGGCUACAACAGUAGAGUGGACCCGGGUAGGAUCCUGAGUAGGAUGUUAGUAAAGGGUCAAUAAAAGA